AUGGGUAUCGACGAAACAGCACCUGUUUACGACGCUGAGAAGGGUCAUGGACCGCCUCGCGUAUCCACGAGCUCCGAUGAAGGAGUGAUCGUAGGACAGAAUGGCACUCUCAAACGUGGUCUCCACGGGCGCCAUAUGCAGAUGAUUGCCAUUGGUGGUGUCAUCGGUGCAGGUCUCUUCGUUGGAUCUGGUAGUGCGCUCUCCAAGGGUGGCCCAGCCAGUGUUUUGAUCUGUUUCAUGCUCAUUGGAUUCAUGAUUAUGCUCAUGAUGCAAGCGCUUGCUGAAAUGGCCGUCAUGUAUCCAGUGAACGGGGCGUUUUACCAAUACAUUGUGCGUUUUGUCGAUCCCUCAUGGGGAUUUGCCAUGGCGUGGGAGUACGCUAUCCAAUGGCUCACAAUGUUACCUUUCGAAAUCACCGCGGCCGCUAUCACGAUCGAGUUCUGGGGACACUACAAUAUCGCGAUAUGGAUCGCUGUCUUCCUGACUGUUCUCACGAUUGUGCAGUUCUUCGGAGUUCGCGGAUAUGGAGAAGUUGAGUUUGUGUUGAGUAUCAUCAAGAUCACCGCAUGUAUCGGCUUCAUCAUCUUCGGCAUCAUUGUCAACUGCGGAGGCGUUCCGACCGACGAUCGCGGCUACAUCGGCGCUCGAUACUGGCAUGCUCCCGAUUCGGCUUUCCGCAACGGGUUCAAAGGAUUCUGUUCCGUCUUUGUCACCGCUUCGUUUGCCUACGGAGGUACUGAAAUGACCGGCCUUGCUGCCGCCGAGGCCGCCAACCCUAGGCGCGAUAUCCCAAGGGCAACAAGACAAGUCUUCUGGCGCAUAUUCUUCUUUUACGUCGUGAACUUGUUUAUCCUCGGCCUCAUUAUCCCGGCGAGCUCCGAUGUGCUCCUCUCGUCCUCUGGCGCCAACACCAAGGCUUCGCCAUUUGUGCUCGCGAUCACAAUGGCAGGUGUCAAAGGUCUGCCUUCCGUCUUCAAUGCUGUAAUCACUAUCUCCGUCAUUUCCGUCGCAAACUCGGCGACAUACGCAUCGACCCGUACUAUUCAAGCCAUGGCCUCGCAGAAAAUGGCCCCGCAAUUCCUGGCCAAGGUCGACGGGAAAGGCCGACCUGUGCCCACUAUCAUCCUACAGUUGCUCUUCGGUCUUCUAGCCUUCAUCAACGAAGCCUCGGCCACCGGAGACAAGGUUUUCACCUGGCUCCUCGCCCUUUCUGGUAUCGCCAACUUCUUCAUUUACGGCAGUAUUUGCCUUGCGCACAUCCGUUUCAGAAUGGCUUGGAAGCUGCAAGGCCAUUCCGUCGACGAGCUUCCGUACAAGGCAUCCUUCGGUGUUGUCGGAAGCUACGUCUGUGUGGCGCUGAAUUUCAUUUGCCUGAUGGCCUCGUUCUACUCCAGUCUCUUUCCCCUCGGUGGCGAACCCGACGCAGAGGUUUUCUUCGAAGGCUACAUAGCCGCCCCGCUCAUCAUCCUGCUCUACGUCAUGUGGAAGGGCUGGUCGUGGACUAGGUACCCUUCGCACCGCAAGCUUUGGGUGCCCAUCGCGGAGAUCAAUGUUCUGGAAGGUAUGCGCGAGGAGCAGCUGGCUAUAUCUGGCGAGGGCGUAUCGGAAGAGGUGAGGAGGAGCAGUAUCGCAGAGUCGCAUCAGGAGAAGAAGAAGGGACCUCUGGGCUUUGCUAAGCAUGCGAUUUCAGGAUUGUUCUAG